AUGAGCUCAGAGAUGGUGGAGUCCGUUGCUGGGGUGAAGUUGGAGAGGGAGCUGAUGAGUGGUUGGCCCAUGGUGUUCAUCCAGGGUGGGUCCCCUGGGGAGGUGUGUGACGCGGCCAAGUUGUCACCCAGCUCUCAGCUGAACAAGGUUCAGCUGCAGCACUACCUCUCCCUGCCCCAGUGUGGCCUGUGUCUGGUGACCUAUGUCUGGAUUGAUGGCACCGGAGAAGGUCUGCGCUGCAAGACUCGAACACUGGAUAAGCAAAACACACAAUUCACCUGCAAUAAAGCGAUGGAGGCAGCACAGCAUUUUCGGCCUUGGUUUGGGAUGGAACAAGAGUACGUCCUGCAAAGCAUGGAUGGGCACCCCUACAACUGGCCCCAGGGGGGGUUCCCAGGAUUCCAGGUCCCAUACUUCUGCGGAGUGGGCGCGGGCAGGUCGUUUGGCCGAGACAUCGUGGACAGUCACUACAAGGCCUGCGUAGACGCUGGAGUGAAGAUCUUCGGUACCAAAGCAGAAUCUAUGCCCUCUCAGUGGGAGUUCCAGGUGGGCACGUGUGAAGGUAUAGAGAUGCCGGACCACUUGUGGAUGGCUCGCUUCCUGCUGCACCGCGUGUGUGAAGACUUUGGGGUGAUCGCAAAUCUGGACCCCAAACCCGUGCAGGGAGACUGGAGUGGGUCUGGUUGCCUUACCAACUUCAGUACAGAGGCCAUGAGAGAAGAGGGAGGGAUGAAACACAUAGAAGACGCCAUUGAGAAGCUGAAAAAGCGCCACGCCCACCAUAUCUGCUGCUAUGACAUGCACGGUGGCGAGGACAACAAGCGCAGGCUGACAGGCGUCCACGAGACCCCCAGCAUCGACCAAUUCUCCGCAGGCACCGCCGACCGGGCUGCCUGCAUCCGUAUCCCACGUCGCGUGGGCAAGGAUGGCCAGGGUUAUUUUGAGGACCGCUGCCCAGCUGCCAACUGCGACCCCUACAUGGUGACAGAGGCCAUUGCCCGUACCUGUCUGCUGGGGGAGACUGACAGUGACUGA